CUUUCAUACAUUGUAUUCCGAUGGAGAGUGCUAUCCAGAAACCCUAUUAACAGAUGCACAUGUUGUAACUUUGGACCAGCUCCGAGUGGAGUAUGCCGGCCACAAGUGUUAAUCAAUUUAAAUUGUUGCUUAAGUCUGAGAAAUGGAACAUUAAGAAGUUUAACCCGUCUGUAAAUUAAGUUUAAUUAACAUUUAAUAUUUACUAAGCGCACUCUAGAGAAGUUUUAACAAAAUAGUACAAAUCAGAGAGAGAUUCUAAAGAAGAGACCAUUUAUCAGAGGGGCCACUACAGCAUAGCUUAAUUACGGCCCAACAGUCCAGGUAUCCAGAAGAUGGCAUCAAGAAAAUUGGUGAAGAUCAAAGAUGUGUGGACUACCUACCUCAAACACUUGAAUGGCGUGUUCUGCAUUUAUAAACCAGUGGAGUUCUCAUCACGUCUCUCCUUGCAGAUACUACAGGACAGACUGGUCAAGGAUUUGAAUAAGCUGCCUAUGUUUAAGCAUGAAAAGCUUGCCCAAAUUCAUCCUCUACAGAAACAUGCAAUAAGGGAGGCACCUGAAACCAAGCUAUUGUUCAGCAGUGUUCAAGCUGACAGACAGGAAACAAAGCUGCUUUUGGACAGUGUACAAGAACAAUUCGUACCUGAUGCAUCUUCAUCUGUUCACAGCCACAAUGUUGUACCUUUUUCCAGCAGUGAUGGGGCCACUUCACUGGCAGAGAAAAAUAAAGAUCCCAGUGACGAUUACUUCCGACUGAGACUUGUUGUUGGUAAUGUAUUUAAGCUGAUGGACAUUGAACUUUCAUAUACAAGCCACCUCAGCAAGAACUCUUCAGGUGUAAUCGUGGUGGGGGUUGGACGGGAAGGCAAGGCAUUGAUACGAGACAUCCAGGCAGCAAACUAUCUGGCGGUAUACCAUGUGAAAGGCAGACUGGGUUUUUCCACACAGACUUUCUUCCACGAUGGGGUUUUUGUGCAGCGAAGAACUUUUAAUCACGUUACAAAGGGCAAGCUAGACCGAGUAUGUGGUGCUGCACAGAGUGGCCAUCAGAGACGCAUGUUUGAGUGUGCAGGCGUAGACCGUGACAGCCAGGAGGCUUAUGAGCUGGCCUGUGCAGGCAUCAUACGACCUAGCAGCAAAGAAUCGCCCCCAGUCCUGUAUGGCGUGAAAUGUAUAUACUUCAACCCUCCCGAGUUCACACUUGAGGUUCACUCAAUAAACGCAGACUGCAAAUUUCUUGCUGAACUUGUACAUGACAUUGGGAAGGAGGUGAAGUCGGCAGCAGUUUGCACGCACAUCCACAAGUUACGUCACGGACAUUUCACCCUGGACGACGCACUUCUCUACAGAGAUUGGCACUUACAACCGAUUCUAACAAACAUGCAAUCGUGUAGGAGGCAUAUCACUUUUGAUAAACUGUGCACAAACUUCAGCGUCUCAGCGGAUAAUCAAAAUGAUCUUAACAUGGGUGAAACAAAGUUGAUCAAGGACAACGAAAGCCCAAGUGCUAGAGAGAUUUUAGAGUUUUACAAAUCUGCUAAGCAGCGGUUUGAAGCUCGGAAGCUGCAAUAUAUAGAGAUGGACAGGGCUGCUUCUAGUUUUUCCAGAAAUGAUUCAGAUUUGGUCAAAAAUACUGGAGGAAGUGAGACCGAUUCCGUUAAAGAAAAUGUCUUGGAAGCCAAAGGAGUUUAAUGCUUAAUACACAUCUGAGUAUGGUGUUGCAUAUUUAUGUGUUUACACAUAGUAUUAUACACUUAAUACCACAUCUAAAAAUAGGAUUAUAUUUACUUCACAUUCUCUUGAUGCUUGUAUAAUAUCCUUUGAAUUUAAGACAACAUUGUUCAGCACUCUAUCGGAUAUGUGAUAGACAUUGUACAACCAUGAAUAGUUGUUUGAUAUAAAGGUAUACUAUUUAGAUAUAAAAUAUAGAAUGACAUAUUAAAUAUAGUUUAUUCCUUACCACUAAACCACACCACUACAUCACUUUGUAUAAAUGCCGAGUGUAUAAUAACCGUACAAAUGUAUAUUAGGAAUGCCUAAAUGCAACAGAAGCUUUAUAAGAUCUUUAUUGUUUGAUUCCUGAAUACUUAAAAGGCACAGUUUCCUCUUUCAGUCUAUUCUAAGUCAAGCUGGUUUAGGGACCAUUCCUUUUAUCAUAAAAUAUCCUUAAAGGCGCCUGGUACAUGGCCAUUCUCCAGGGUACUUUCAUGUAUAUUUAACAUUAUCUUUAGUACAAUGUAUACUACAAAGUACUUGGGGUACUUUAAAGUCGUAUUGGAGCCAACAAUCACGAAUCGAGUCUAAUUAAGAAAAUGUGCAGGUCAGUCAGGCCAAAUCAAAGUCGAGGUCACACUUGAAGGUCCAAAGUUUGAUCUUACAUUUUCAUAUUAAUUUUGUUCUCAACUCUUUUUUCAAGGAUUUUCAUGUAAAUUGACUUAAAUGUACAGGGCCUUGAGAUGAUGUUUAGGCCAUGGUCAAUUAAACCUUGCCAUAGGGAUGGUUUAAAUUGAAAAGUUGCCCUUUUGUUUCAGCUACAUAUCUUGUAUGACCUUUUACAGCAUCUUGUGAAACUUUGCUCAAACGUUUGGCUCACGGAGAGCAUAUGCAGAAAGCAUAUCAAGUUAUAAGCCAGUCUUGCAAACUUAAGAUCAGGUACACCCCUUGAAGUUGAAAUAAAUCACCUGCAGUCCCUUUGACUGCCAUGUUUCCACCAGUGCAUGUUUCAGGUUUUAAUGAGGUUCAUAUGCUUGUUAAUAUACUAUUAAAAUGUCAUCUGUCAAGCAGCUAUAUUUUUUUAGUUACGCCCUACACGGCUUCAAAAAUUAUUUUGCUAAAGGUGCCAUGACUUAACCCUUUCCCACUUAGAUACGUAUUUUGACACAUUUGUAGUCCCUUAGAAAGUUAAAUUUAAUUAAAGACCUUUCUUACUAAAUUCAAGUUUUUAAGGCUUCAUUUCCAACCCUUAGUUCCGGAUGAGCAGCAAACAGCAUCAAACCUGAACAGACUGCGAGUUACUCGCAGGCUGUUCUGGUUUUAUGCUGGUUGCGAAAGCCAUUUUCAAUUUGCUAAUUAUGGGGGAAAUUAAGGGUUGAUAAUGCAAAACAUAUCCAAACCAAAAUAUGGAGUUGCACAAGUUUACAUGGUGUUUAAUAAAAAUUUAAAGUUUCAGCCAGAUGUAGCAGAAAUACCUUUUGAGUAAUGCGAAACACAACAUUAGCAAAAUAUUUUUUUUUUGCUAGAAGUCAAUGUAAGUUAUGUUAAUCAUUUAACAAUUGAAUAUCCAAACAAAAAAAAUAACGGUGCAUAAGUUCAUAUAGUGGUUGAUAUAUUUGUAAAGUUUUAACCCUUUGAGUGCUGGAACCAGAUUUUGAAGGCCUUUGCAAACAGUUUGGAUCCAGAUGAGACGCCACAGAACGUGGCGUCUCAUCAGGAUCCAAACUGUUUGCUAUUCUGAUAGUAGUCUUUGAAAAAAAAAUGAAGAAAACUGCUAAUUUUAGAAAUUUAGCAGACAACAUUUUAGCAGACGACAAAUUUCCCAGCAUGCAAAGGGUUAAUCACCUAGCAUCAAUACUUUUUUGCAACACAAAAAUGUUUGACUUACAGAAAGAUAGAUGCAGGUACGGACAAAGGCUAUUCUCUUUAAGAGGGGGCAGGCAAAAAAAACCUGACCAAACAAAAAAUCAUGGGCAGUUAUAAUAAAAACAUCACUCUGAUUUCAACUUUAAUAGUCAUGUACAGGGAAUGACUGCAUUAUUAUAUUCACACCCACACAUUAAAUCUUAAAAUUGACAAUACCAUUGGAUAUAUAUAUAAACAUAAAAUUUACAUCAAAGUGGUGAUAGAAAGGGUGAAAAGUGCAUCGUUACUGACCAAAUUGUGAUUCAAUUAAAUAAAUACUGGAUAAGAUAUGAACUGGUUAAGCAGAUGCAAGUAUUUCAAGAUCAACUACCAUUAUGCUUUUUGGUAUGUCAAACUGAAAAGGCCAGCUAGGGUACAUAUACUGUAGGGUUCGCUACCAAACUACAUGGUACAGAGUGCUUAAAGGUGAGAAUGAUACACAUUGUGAAUACAAAUUGCAAUAUAAAUUAAAGUUUUAAAUCUCAAUUUUUUCCUUGCAAUAUAAAUUAAAGUUUUAAAUCUUAUUGUUUUCCUUAGUACAUACUGAUACAUGUGUUACAUAGAUUAUAUAUAAAGUGAUUUCUUAAAUAUUUUCUUAAAUGUCCCAAACUUAAUUUUGUUGAAUAUUUCUCAAGUAGUUUGGAUUUUUUGCAGCAUGUGUGCCUGAAUCUUGCAUAGUAUUUAAACAUGGCAAACUUAGAAGCAAAAUAAACACAAUCAAGCUAUAAUAUUGAUAUUUCAUAUAUUUCCAUAUUUUAGUACUAUAAACACACCAACGUACACAGAUUCUGACACAUAUUUUAUACACAGUGCAAAUAAACAUAAUUUUCUAUACAAAAUUAUUUUCAUCUGGAAUAGAGCAAUAAAAGAAAAAAAAAGUAAUUCAAUUAGAUUUCCCAAAUCAUUUAACACACCCCAGGCUAAAUGACUAAAAUAUUGUUAUCCAAGACUAAAUCUGCGCUAUAAAUUUGCAUUUUUUUCCAGCAGUGGUAAAUAAUUAUUUUGUACUUUAUUUGUAAUAUUUUAGAAUAACCUCAAGUUUGUUUAUGGUUCCUGCAUGAUGACCUUAUUGUGUGCAGAAAUAAAAUUGAAUUCUUUUUCCUCAUUUAGUCAAUUUCUAUAACAAAUUGAUGCCAAUUUAAGUUUACACUUAAAAAUGGACUUUUCAGCAUAAUUUAAUGAAAAACACAUAUUUUUGUGUGUGCAAAAAACCCACAUAAAUACAAAUACCCGGUAACACGUUAAUGUGCAUCUUAUGGAAGUAUGUGCACCUUAUUUUGUGCAUGUACUUAUUUUUUCCUAAAUUGCAAUGUGGCUAUGCAAUACAUAUACAAAAAUGUACAUCAAAUCUAUGUUUUACAAAAGCUAGUGCAGAGGUUAAAGUUUAAAGAAAACUUUGUAACUGGUUGCUAACAUUUACAAAUAGUUGCUGAAAAUACAAGGUACUAUAAAGCAUAUGUUAUAGUGAGUAGCCAGACAAAAUUUCAAAGAUAAUGAAUGCAAGACUAUUCUAACUAAUGUACCCGGUAAUCAUUUUCAAAAGAUACAACAUUUAUACCCUCAACUCAGCAGCAGUGAUUGUAUCAGUAAUAGUUUCGCGUUUAAAACAGAUAAAUCAGGUUGUCCCUCAUAAUCUAAGCAUCUAAGAAACUACCAGUAAAGCAUGUUAUAAAGGUAUCGCUCAUUCAUAAAUCAAAUACUGUCACUACACGUGAAUUCAUGAUAUACCUUUUUUUCUGCCACCAAUACAUAUUGUAUUAACUCUGAAAUACAAGACAGUAACUUCCAGAUUUUUUCCCCCAUAUCAUACACGUAGCUGGACUACCGCUACUCUCUUGAGUCAAAACAAAGGUUUGUUUAACUUUGACAAAUGUGGACAUUUUUUAAUUUGCACAGGAAGUGACAUCAAUGCCAUGCAUUGAUGCAACAUUGU